AUGUACAGUGGAAUACCUCGAACUGUCGCUGAUCUUUGUGAAAACGAUGAUCUUGCUACAAUGAUCAUUGUUGAUAGUAUGUUUGGAUUUACAACGCAUAAAAUGAAUGUACGUUUUCGUCCAAAUCGUCGUCUAUCACCACAAUGGAAAUUAGUCGUUGAACAAUUUCAACAACAUCUUGAUUAUGAACGAUGUUUUACUGAAUUAACUUCUAUUGGAAAUUGGUAUGAUCAUUUACUUGCACGAAAAAGUCCAACACAAUUAACUGUAUUUAAAGAACAUAUGUUUCGUUUUCUUCAUUUAUUCAAUAAAAAUUCCGGUGUUACACUUCAACCAUGUUAUCGAUAUUCAACAGAAAAAUGUGGAGGAAAAGUAGUUGCUACAAAAGAAUGGGCGGUUAAUGAUAAAAUUGAAAUGUUAAUUGGAUGUAUUGCUGAAUUAAGUCCUGAAGAAGAACAAGCUUUACUCAAACCAGGUAUUAAUGAUUUUUCAGUGAUGUAUUCUUGUCGGAAAAAAUGUUCACAAUUAUGGCUUGGACCCGCCGCUUAUAUAAAUCAUGAUUGUCGAGCAAAUUGCAAAUUUGUAGCGACAGGUUUAAGUUCAGCUUAUAUUCAUGUACUUCGUCCAAUUGAUGUUGGUAAUGAAAUAACUUGUUGUUAUGGAUCGGAUUUUUUUGGUGAUAAUAAUUCACUUUGUGAAUGUCGAAGCUGUGAAAUGUUUAGUAAAGGAACAUUUGCAGAAAUAAAUCCGUCUUUAACAAAUCCAGAUCUUAUUACUAUUCAAACAGUUUCACCAUCUACACAGGAUCCGCAAUCAACAACAAUAAUAGCAGAUACACAUCCAAUUGUUUCUACACGUUUACGUCAAACUGAUAAACGUCUACUGCGUAAGAUACAUCCAACAAAUGUUGUCAGUUCAACGCAAGAGAAAAAAAAAUCUACAGAUGGAACGAAUACAUCCACUACUAAACCAACAACGGUAGUUUAUCGAAAUAAAAAUGGUCAAUUUGCAUCUCCACCUGAUGGAUCGAAAUCAACAGGAACAUCAUCUAGAAAAAGGAAAACAAAACAAAACAGUAGAUCAUCAUCAUCACAAUCAUUAUCACCUUCAUAUCCUUUGCCAAAUUUAAAUAAAGUAAUAUCAUCACAUCGACGUCCAAGUAGUUCACAUUCAUCAGUAUCAAAAUCGCCGGUGACCAAUACUCGAAAUCAACCAUCAGCAACAGAUUCAGCAAUUGGUUCAGAUGGUACUACGAGUUCUAAUUCACUUUCAGUAACAGUAACAAAUAAAUCAACUACUGGAACGAAUUCAAAUUUAUCUAAUAUAAGUACACGACCAUCACGUCGUCCUUCAUCAGCAUUAUCAAGUUCAUCAUCAUCAGCAUCAUCAUUUUCAUCAUCAUCACGAAUAUUUUUUAAAAAUCGUGAACGAACAUCAUCUCAAUAUUCAUCAUCAUCAACAUCAUUAUCAACUAAUCCAAUUUCAAAUAAUUCAAAUUUUAAAAGUUGGCGUCCAACAAUUCGUUCGACGCAUCAUUCAAGUACUUCUUCUCUUAGUUCACUAUCAUCAACAACAACCGAUAGUGAACGUAAUAAUAAUAAUAACAAUAACAAUAAUGAAUUAUCUUCGCGACGAGUUGUUCCAAAAUUAACAAUUCGCGUAAGACCUGAUCCAUUUUCAUUGGAUGAUGUAGAAAAUAUGAAAUCAUCAAAAUCAUCUUUGGUUACAGUUAAACUCGAUAAUAAAAAACGACCAUUGAUAGAUACAUCAUCAAUAAGUUCAAAGAAACGUCGAAAACCAUAG